AUGUCCUCCUUCCACUCCCACCGCCUGUCCCUCCCGGACCGCACCCUCCGCAAACCCCAGCAACUGCGGUCCUCUCCCAAGAUGGACGAAAUGGAAGACAUCGUGUACGAUUCUCCCUCGUACACCAAACCCUCCCACCACGGGCCCCCCUCCCUUACCUCGAGCACCUCGACCCUGGUCCCCUCCGACGGUGGGUCUUUGCUAGAUCACUUCGACCUCCCCUCCCCUCCCUCAACCCCAGUCAAGUCAACCCAUCAAUACUCCUCUCUCAACAGCUUCCAGUCGCCAGCUCUCUCCCCCGACCUUUUCUCCUCCUCCCUGUCACCCCCCUCGUCACCAAGCCCAAGACGUGACCGCCACAGUGGUCGUCGGAGAUCUCACUCGAGAAGCUCAUCAUCCUCGUCAGUGUCAUCGAGCUCAUCAGCUAUGGAACUGGAUGGUGGUUAUGGAGGAGCGGAUGGGGGUGUAGUCCCUGUUGUGAGAUCGAGCAGACGGACGCCGUAUUAUCCCCCGAACUCGUCGCGGUCGGUGGACAGGGCGAGGGUGUAUAUGAAUCGGGGGCCGCAUUAUGUCCCGAAUUGGACGCCGAUGAGCAGUUUGCCUAGGCAUGUGCAGUUGCAGAUUGAGGAGAGGAUGGUGAAGUUUACUGCUUGA